CAGCAGGGACCGACACAUAAUCUGUGGGAGGACGGAGGAUAAUUUCAGGGAACUGAGUCAGCAGCUGCAGUCUCCCCUCAACUUCCGCGGAUCGACUCCAGCUCCACGAACACUUUUCUCUCUUGUAGCAUGGUUCGGAGCUGCUUUGAUUUGCUGUAAGAAGCGUCUUUUUCAGGAAGAAUAAAGCAGCAAAGAGGACAGACGUGGAUAGAGCUUCCUGAGCCUCUGAGAUUGUUUCCCUCAAGGCUUUAUGUCUGCCCGAGUUCCAGCCAUGAGCGUUCUUCCUCCUGUCCGACGGGACCGAAUCAUCGCUCAGCUUCCUCAGCCUUUCAGAAAAGAGGCGGCUUUUCACACUAAAGACGAUUUCAACAACAAAGUGAAGACGGCCUGCCAGGAGCAGCGGACCGGCACCGUGGGCAGGUUUAAAAUCUCGAAGGUCAUCGUGGUGGGGGAUCUGGCUGUGGGGAAAACCUGCCUCAUUAAUAGAUUUUGUAAAGACGCCUUCGAUAAGAACUACAAGGCAACAAUCGGCGUUGACUUUGAGAUGGAGCGCUUUGAGGUGCUGGGCGUUCCUUUCAGCCUGCAGCUCUGGGACACUGCAGGCCAAGAGAGGUUCAAGUGUAUUGCGUCUACGUACUACAGAGGAGCCCAGAUUGUGAUUAUCGUGUUUGAUGUAAACGAUGUCGCCUCUUUGGGUCAUACAAGGCAGUGGCUGGAAGACGCCUUGAAGGAGAACGACCCCACCGGCGUUCAGCUGUUCCUCGUGGGCACAAAGAAAGACCUGAGCUCUCCUGCUCAGUAUUCCCAGAUUGAACAAGAUGCCCUCAAAAUAGCGAAAGAGAUCCACGCAGAGUAUUGGGCCGUUUCAUCGAUGACAGGGGAAAACGUGAAAGAGUUCUUCUUUCGAGUUGCUUCGUUGGCAUUUGAGACCAACGUUCUGGCAGAGUUGGAGAAAAGUGGAUCGAGGCAAAUCGGAGACGUCGUCAGAAUUAACAGCACUUCAAAUAAUCUGUACACGGCGUCUAAGAAGAAACAACCCGGCUGCUGUCAGUAAGGAUGGAAGCAGCAGUUUACAGACUCAAAAAGAGGAUUUUUCUCAGCGGAAAAUGGCCGUGGCUGCUGUCCAGCUCACUGGGAAGGGUUUCUGUGGUCGGAGGAGGAGGAGGAGGAGGGACGUGACAUCUUUUAAAUUCAGUUUUUCCUGGCCUAGAAACGCUUUUCCUCCUCAGGAUGGGUGCAGAUUCUUGUGGUGUUGCUCAGUUUAACUCGUCUGGAGUUACAGAAUGACACAGGAGUUACACACUGAAUGACUGCUACUGUCAACACGCCAAAGAACGACAGCGGAUUCUUACUUUACUUUGGGGGCUUGAAUUCAAUCUUCAGUUCUGCUGCUGUAGUUUGUUUUACAGUCAAGAUUCUUCUUCAUAGGGUCAUAUGUUUUGUGUAAAUGACUGUUUUACUUGGUACUUAGUUUUUUCUUUAAUGGUUUGUCAUGAAUUCAACAUUUUUUGUUUGUUUUUGACCUCUUAGUUUGAGGCAGUACGUAUUUUUGACCCUUACUUCUCUACAAGUUAUGACCAGUAAUACCUGUGAGCACUUGAAGAUGUACGAAAAUUUGGGAAAAAUGACCAGAAAGUAUUAUUGUUCCUGUUCUCUAUCCUGUUAAUCAUCUCUUGGGCAUUUAGUUUUAUAGUUUGACUCAUGUGGGCUUCAGGAACAAUGGCUUUAGACUCAUUUGUAAUGUAGCUGCUUCAAAGGUACUUUUUUGUUUUCAAUCAAAUCAAUGACUGAAACUGAUAAUCAAUUUCAUAUGAAACCUGAAGCAGUGCACAUUCAGCAUUUAUUGUCUUUAAAAUUUCUAAUGGUGCAUUUUACAAAUAUAUUAAGAAAGAGAAAAUAAAUCAUCAUAAAUCAA